AUGGCAUUCGAUCAAUACUUUUCGCAGAAAUGGAGUUCCAUUCCCACUGCAGAAUAUGACUCUGAAAAGAUUUCAGCCGGCUUCGAUUGUAAUAUAUGUUUAGACUAUGCCCAUGAUCCAGUAGUUACCCUCUGUGGCCAUCUCUACUGUUGGCCCUGCAUUUACAAGUGGUUACACUUCCAGAGUGUAUCCCUUGCUUCAGAUGAGCUCCCGCAAUGCCCAGUUUGCAAGGCCAAAGUAUCUGAGAAAACAAUAAUUCCUCUUUAUGGUGGGGGGAAAUCUCUGUCUGAAGUCGAACAUGAGGGCAAGAUUAUCCCUCCUAGGCCACUUGCCCGUGGUAUACAACGUCCUGCGUAUUUGUCCAAUAUUAAUCAGCAUCUCACAUCACGUAAUCCUUAUCAAAACCCACAAGAUCUCCCCAAUCGUUAUGCCAGAUACGAGGAAGAUUCUUCAUCUACAUUGUUUAACAGUGCGGCAAUGGGAGUUUCUCCGAUGAUAGGAAUGUACGGGGAGAUGGUUUACGCAAGGGUAUUUGGUAAUUCGCAAAGCUUGUAUACGUAUCCUAACUCGUACCAUUUAGUAGGAAGGAGUACCUCAAGAUUGAGAAGAAAGGAGUUGGAGGCUGAUAAGUCUCUGUAUAGAAUUUCGAUUUUCCUAUUCUGUUGUUUUCUUUUGUGCCUUCUCCUAUUCUAG